CUUUCUCUUUCCUCAUUCUCUUUCUCUGCUCCACCAGCACAGAGCGGAGGGAAGCUGUUCAGAGAGUAGAAGAGCCUCCCUAUCUCUUUCUCUGGUCCACCAGCACAGAGCAGAGGGGGGCUGUUCAGACGGUAUAAGAGCCUCCCUUUCUCUCUUUCUCUGCUCCAGCAGCUGACUCCAGUCUAUUCAAUAUUAACACUGCACGGCGCGCACAUUUUACAUUGAGUUGUGGCGCCACCUAGCGCACAAACUGAAAAUUACCCAGCGGGUCGAUUAGUUGAGCCUGAAUCCACCUGCAGGACGAGCAGUCGAUCUGCAAUGGCGCUCGUCUUGUAGUUGCAUGAAAGUUUUACCCUCAGAAGUUAUCUCAGUUCUCGCCGAAAUUGACUCGCACCCGCAGCUGUAGUAAAACUGCAUUAAGCGAAUUAAUUGUUAGUGCAAAAAACGAGGUGGUCGCGUUAAUUGCAGCAGUCGUGGUGGAUUGUUUUGUGCCUUGAAGUAAUUGUGAAUUGAAAUUGCGUCUGUAGGGAUCUCAGGUCGUUUCUGGUGUAUAAGAAGCGAGCUCUGCUCUCUGUGAUCGACACGCGUUUUCUAUCUUUAUAUAUAUAUUUGUAUAUAUAGUUUAAUUAAAAUAAUCUAAAAUGAGCCUGGCGGAAAGUCGAGCCCAGCGAAAGACGGCAGGAAACCUGAUGUCUAAAUUAUUGGACGCCGAAGAAGAUGAAUUUUACAAAACGACGUACGGGGGGUUUAAUGAGGAGUCCGGGGAUGACGAGUUUAAGAGUGACCAGACGGAGAGCGAGGAUGAAGUGGACAGUGAUUUUGACAUCGACGAAGGGGCCGAGCCGGACAGCGACCAGGAGGAAUCGCAGCCCAAGAGAAAGCGCCGUGUGGUGACCAAGGCUUACAAGGAACCCCUCAAGGCUGCAAAGCCAAACCCCAAAACCCGGAAAGCCUGGACUCAGCCCGGCGGCCCGGAGAAGGUGAAGGAGGAGAAGCGAGAUCCUUUUGAACUGCUGGGCGACGUGGGAGAGAACCGGAAGUCUGUUCGCCAGUCGACCACGGAGCACACCCGACUCACUUACCUGCGCCUGCAGGAGAGACAAGUGCAGCCGCGAAGGAGGAAGGGCCCUCAUCACGACCACCAGCUCACCCAGGAAGAGCUGCUGGCAGAAGCCAAGAUCACAGCCGAGAUCAACCUGCGGUCCCUGGAGAACUACGAGCGUCUGGAGGCUGACAAGAAGAAGCAGGUCCACAAGAAACGCCGCUGCGACGGGCCCAUGGUCCGGUUCCACUCGGUGCUGACCCCCCUGGUCUCCGAGACCCACCUCAAAGAGGAGACCGUCGACGUAGAGGGGUUAGACCAGGACCCCCAGCAACAGCCCCCGCCCCCCAGCGCCGCGUCUCAGGAGCCCCCCCAGCCCCCCGCGGGGCAGUGCGCUCGAACCUUCAUCACCUUCUCAGAUGAAGAGACCUUCGAGAGGUUCUUCCCCCGCCCGCGAGCGCCGCGCCCUCCGGUCCGAGAGGUCUGCCCGGUGACCCACAAGCCCGCCCUGUACCGAGACCCCAUCACAGACAUCCCCUACUCCACCAUCCGCGCCUUCAAGAUCAUCCGAGAGGCGUACAGGAAGUACGUGACCGCCCACGGGCUCCCCAACAACGCGGCCGGGGGUCUGGGGGACCCCAACUCCAGGGGGACCCGCCAGAAAAUCAUUAUCAAGCAGCGCAUGUCUUCUACCUAGUCCGUGAGAGGGGGAGGAGACAGCGUGGACCCUUUUGUAAUCGACAAGCGAUUCUGCAUGCAUUGUAAACAAGGUUUUUUCAGUUUUCUCUUUUAAAAUCCCAGUUCCUGCUCCUUUGAAGGGGUCGGAGAGACGUUUGCGAUUGUUCGUCUGCUUCGCUCGCUCGAAGCCGGUUUAAUCGACUCGCAGACAGCGGCUUCGCUCGAAGUCAGGCUGCUGCCGCUGUUGUGAGAAGCUCGUUUCAACAGAAUUUGUUCGUUUUGAUCAGCGGUGGCGUGCUGGAAUCCUUCAAAAAGGAACAGGAAUUGGGAAACUGAUUUUUUUUUUUUAAAAAAAAAGCUCUGUUUGUGUCUGUUCGAGUCGCUGGCUCAGUAUUUGAAAUGUGUGUUUUACAGCAUCGUUGUUCUCCUGUACAUUGUGUCCAUCCUUGUAUUUCAGUUUAGAAAGAAAAAAGCCUGUUUGUAGUAAUAAACCAACAACAUCUGAAAA